CACGCACACUGACAAAAAGGGACCCUCAUCGCAGAGCCGGAGUUUGGUUAAAAGUGCUGUCUGAAAGUGCGGCGUGAAAGGAUCAGCCGCUAGACCACCGUCCCACUCUCGCCUCGAGAAGAGCCGCUGCCGUUAGAGUUAAAGAAAUCGCAAGGCUUGAGGAGGCUUGGACGCAUCCAGGAUCCCUCCCACCGAGACGAGGGACCAUGAAGAAACUGCUACUGGGAUGCUGCUGGCUGCUUCCUUGGGCUCUCUGCGCCGCAGGUCGAGGGACAAAGGCAGGGACAGGUAAAGGAGAUAGCCAGCCUGAAUCCAUGCCGUUAGGGACCCUGCCACGCUUCCUAGUUGAACCAGAGGACUCAUACAUCGUGAAGAGCAACCCCAUUAAGCUGCGUUGCAAAGCGAUGCCUGCCAUGCAGAUCUUCUUCAAGUGCAAUGGAGACUGGGUCCAUCAGAAAGAACACAUGCUUGAGGAACGUGUGGAUGAGUACACAGGCCUGAGUGUUCGAGAGGUCCUUAUCAAUGUUUCUCGGCAGCAAGUGGAAGAUUUUCAUGGUCCAGAAGAUUACUGGUGUCUUUGUGUGGCUUGGAGUCAACAGGGAACAACGAAAAGCAGAAAAGCUACGGUCCGAAUUGCAUAUUUGAGGAAAAAUUUUGAACAAGACCCCCAGGCAAAAGAGGUUCCCCUGGAAGGAAAGAUCAUUUUGCACUGUCGUCCCCCCGAGGGAGUCCCUUCUGCUAAGGUGGAAUGGCUGAAGAAUGAAGAACUGAUUUAUCCAAAGCGUGAGCCGAACAUUUAUAGCACAGCAGAGCAUGAUCUCAUCAUCGAGCAAGCACAUCUCUCUGACUCAGGCAAUUAUACCUGUGUUGCUACAAAUGUGGUUGCCAAGCGACGCAGCACAGCUGCCAUGCUGACUGUGUUUGUGAACGGUGCCUGGUCAAUGUGGACAGAGUGGUCACCUUGCAGUGUCCGGUGUGGCAGAGGAUGGCAGAAGCGAACACGGACCUGCACCAACCCGGCCCCGCUCAAUGGAGGAGCCUUUUGUGAAGGGACUUCAGUUCAGAAGAUCAUCUGCUCCUCCCUUUGCCCAGUGGAUGGUGCCUGGGAAGCCUGGACCGUGUGGUCCCCCUGCUCCUCGGAGUGUGAACGCCAAAGAGUCCGUGCGUGCGUGGCUCCUGAACCGAGGUAUGGUGGAAAAUUCUGCGAGGGGCUGAGCCAGGAGUCAGAGAAUUGCACCGAGGGACUCUGCAUUCAAAGCCAGACACCUCUGCAGGAAGUACAGCCUCAAAGUAUUGAAACCAACAGCGAUGUGGCUUUAUACUCUGGCCUUGGUGCAGCAGUGAUAGCCGUUGCGGUUCUUGUGGUGGGCAUCACGUUAUACCGAAGAAGUCAAAGUGAAUACGGUGUCGAUGUUAUUGACUCUUCAGCUCUUGCCGGUGGCUUUCAGUCUUUCAAUUUCAAGACUGCCAGACAGGGCAAUUCUCUGCUUCUGAAUCCAUCAAUGCAGCCUGACCUGACAGUGAGCAGGACAUACAGUGGACCAAUCUGCUUCCAGGACCCUGUGAACAAAGAACUCAUGACUCAGUCACCGCUCUUUGACUCUCUACCAGGGAUCAAAGUUAAAGUACAAAGUUCUUUAAUGGUUUCACUUGGAGUUGCAGAUGGAGUAGAAUAUCAUGGAAGGUUAUCAUCCCGGACUUACCCUCGCAAUAGCAGAAAUGUUGACAAAGUACAUGCAAGAAGCAAUGCAUCAGGUUCUCAGCAUCUCCCUGCUGCAAUUACCCAGGCUGAAAACAGAACUUCUGGUAUAUUUGGGUGUCUGGGUGGAUGCUUGGAGGGACCAACGACAGGAGUCCGUUUAUUGAUUCCACUGGGGGCAAUUCCAGAGGGACAUUCCUGGGAAAUGUACAUUGCGGUCAAUCAAGGCAUAAACAGCCUGCAGCCAGAAGGAGCCGAGGUAAUCUUGAGUCCCGAGGUGACCUGUGGGCCACCAGGUCUGGCCUUGUCCAGCCCCAUUGCUCUGACUAUUCCUCACUGCGCAAUGGUCUGUUCAGAGCACUGGAGCAUAAAGCUGAAGAGACAGACACUGACAGGAAAGUGGGAGGAAGUGAUGCUGCUUGAAGACGAGACCACGUCCUGUUACUGCCUGCUGGAUUCUCAGUCCUGUCACAUCCUGUUGGACCACCUUGGCACAUAUGCACUCGUGGGUGAGGCAGUCACAGAGUGCGCAGAGAAGAGACUGAAGCUCGCUAUCUUUGGGCGUUUGUCCUACAGUUCACUGGAGUACAAUUUCAGAGUAUAUUGUGUAGACGAUAUUCCAAGUGUUUUACAGGAACUGAUGAGUGAGGAGAAAAGCCAGGGGGGACGACUUCUGGAUGAGCCCAGAACUUUGCACUUCAAAGCAAACUCAUACGGCCUUCAAAUCUCCGUGCUUGAUGUACCCCAGUUCUUGUGGAGAAUCAAGCCACUGACUGUAUUUCAGCAGGAAUUUGCCUUCUCUCAUAUCUGGUGCAGGAACCAACAGCCCCUGCCGUGUGCCUUUAGAGUGGAACGAUUCAACUCAGCUACCACACACUUCUCCUGCAAGAUCUGCAUCCGGCAGCUGAAAGGCGAUGAGCAGAUCUUUCAUCUCAGCACCUCCAUCCUUGAGGACGAGAGAGAAGCAGUUCACAUCUGCACACAGGCUGCAAGUGAAGUGGCCACGUUAGCAGGUCCCAAAGCAUUUAAGAUCCCAUAUUCCAUCAGACAGAAGAUCUGUUGCACUUUUGAUGUUCCCAGUGCAUCAGGCAAAGACUGGCGGCUCUUAGCACAAAAACUCCACAUAGACAGAAACCUGAGCUACUUUGCAGUUAAAAGCAGCCCUGCUGGUACUAUUUUGGACAUAUGGGAGGCACAGCAUCAAAAUGACAGAGACCUUGACUCUCUAGCCAGUGCUCUGGAGGAAAUAGGCAGGAUCCAGUGCCCUGACUCAAUGAUAGCUGAAGGCGACGGUGAUGAAUCAGACUACAACUAUGGUGGAUGAAUCAGAACUCCUUGCUGUCACCCCAGGAGGACUCUUGGUUCAGCUCGCCCCUGAGCAAGUUCCGCUCAGUCACAAUAUCGGCAAGAUUUCUCAGGAAAUGAAAUAUGGUUUACUGUCCAGAUACUUGGAUGUGUAUGUAAAUAGAAUUUAUUUGUAAAUAUUUCCAACAAGGGUGCACCAAUUAUAAAUUAUCAGAUCAAUUUAAUCAACAGUUUGUCAAUCAGCUACAGACAAGAGCAGUUCCAUCCACAUUUUGACAGGAAUAUCCCCGGAAUUAAACCCUGCUCCUCCCACUGUUACUUCAGAGGUACAGCUGAGAUCCUGUAAGGCACACACUGAGGGACUUCCCCCGACUUAAGUCAUCGUAAAUCGCUGUUUAUUGAAAGCGACCUUUCAGCCAAUCCCUGUAGCAGUGAAGGGAGCAAGCUGGUGUCAACGAUCAGCAUUUUGAGUUCUUGCUUACUGUUGACUGUGUUGGUACUGGAACAUCAUUCAUUGCCCCGGUGGCUGUGAAUUAAGUGUUCUGAUUGUAAUGAGGUCAGCCAGGUUGACCUCAUGGAAUCUGAGUUCCCCGAUUGGGCUGUUAAUCUGAUCCAAUCGGGGAGCCCUGGCUCACAGAUAUAAACAGGAAUGUUGGAGGUUGAGUUAACUCUGAGAGCUGGCUCUGACGGAGCUGGAUCAGUGUCAAGGACUCUCCGUGUGUAUAAAUAAAGGGUGACUUGGUGAUGGCAUACCUGCCUCUGUAGAGUGUUUUUUUAAGCAAGAGCCAUAAUCCAUUUAUAAACAAGGGAUUCUCUGCUGCUAUGUAGGGGGGAGGUAAUCACAUGGUAGGAGCUUGUUAAAUUACCUCAGACUGACAUUGAAGCAAGUGGCUUUCAGGUUGCAUGGCCAACUCUUUUCGAAUGGACUCCUGAAAAUUUCAUCAUUUGCCCACCCACCUCCAACUUCCUAGUUCAGUCAAACAACCUCUUCAUUCAAAGAGGCAAAGAAGUAACAGCACACACCUCACUGACUCUGUAAGAUCUGAAGAUGUUACUUGAAAGCCCAUAGCACCAAUGGCGAACAUUGCAUGUUUAGUUGAACAGUUACAUUGUGAGAGUCUGCGUGAUCACCAGUGUCCCACAUCCCCCACGAACCUUACAGGGAUGGGGAAUUAGCAGACUGUAGUCUUGCCCUCCUGCAACCAUCAAACUAAUGCAAACAGAGCGACAGAAUUUCUGACAUACACUUCAGCAAGGCAGCGCUGGAGCGGUGAGCUCCACACUCUGUCAGAGUUGGGUCUGAACAGUUAUGGGGACUAGGGUCUGAGCGAUUGGCCUUUACUUCAGGAUAACAGCUUCCCGCAGCAGGAACUGUGCCCCAUGCACUUGUAUUCAUACAAGACAUUCAGCGCAUGUGGAUGAAAACUUUGUGUAGGUACCAAUUAGCUGCAGACAGAACAAAGGCAGGGUUAACCAGUUGUGGGCCAUCCUUUUUCAGUGUUGGUGAGGUUGCUUAAACAGUGAAGAGUGAUUGUGAAGGAUAUUUUUGCCUACAAGUACUACAGUCUCUUUGUUCUGCUUUCUUAAUAAAACCUUACUUUUGUGAGGGAUAUUGAAAAUAUCUAAAAGGGAAGAAACCCCAGUUUAACUGAUCUGCUGGUGGAUCAGCAUGAUCGUUCUUUUUGAAUCUGGUUCAAACUGGUUUAAUCACUUGAAAUAAUCAAUGAAAUAAUUGUUGCACCCUUAUCCUUAAGCAACUCAUCCAUUCUCUCUUGUUCUUUGUGUAUAUUGUCUUGUUCAUACACAUCUGAUGUAUGUGUACCUGCUGAACUCUUGACGGAUUUUGUAAACUAUAUACUGGUGCCUCCACUCUGCUCAUCAAUCAGCAAAGCCCUAUUUCUAUUGAAGUCCACAUGUAAAGGGUUACUGCACAGACUGGUGGGCCCUUGUGGUUUUAUUUGUGUACAAAUAAUCAUAAAGUUUCUGUGGGUCUUGAUUUUUCUCCUU